AUGGAAGCUUUCCCCAAGGAGGACCACACAAAAGAUCUAAGGGAACUCGACCUGAGUCAUGACAUUCCACCGAUCCAACGCAGUCUUGGAAUUUGCUGGGACGUAAAGAAGGACGUCUUCACCUUCAGGGUUCCAGUUCAGGACACACCAUUCACCCGGCGUGGUGUCUUGUCAAUGGUGAAAAGCGUGUACGACCCAUUUGGAAUCGUGGCUCCAGUUACCAUACAAGGGAAGUCUCUCCUACGGGAACUCGUCACAGAAACCUGCGAGUGGGAUUCCCUACUUCCUGAAAACAAGAGGAAAGAGUGGGAGAACUGGAAGGAUUCCCUUCAGGCUUUCGAGCAGCUAGAAGUGCCUCGCACUUAUGUGGCCGUUUCACUUAGCACGGCUCAUCAGAAUGGAGUGCACAUCUUCUCAGACGCCUUGACCAAGGCUGUAGCAGCUGUGGCUUAUAUGAGAACCACAGACUCGGAUGGUGCGUGUCAUGUCGGCUUUAUAAUAAGCAAAGCUAAGCCAGCACCACGUCCACAACACACCAUUCCAAGGCUCGAACUGUGUGGUGCGGUACUGGCUGUGGAGCUGGCAGAGCUCAUUCAGAAAGGGAUUGACACACAACUAGAUGUGGUGCAUUUCUACACCGACAGCAAUGUGGUUUUGGGCUACAUACAAAACCAAACGAGGAGAGUUUACGUGUAUGUCGGCUACAGGGUCGAACGCAUCAGAAAAUCUACACAACCAGAUCAAUGGCAUUACGUUCGGACCGAUGCAAAUCCUGCAGAUCUUGCUACAACAUUCGUGCCCGCAGCCCGGCUACAGGAGACGGCUUGGCUGACUGGUCCAGAGUUCUUAAAUCGUCAAGAAGUGUCUUCAUGCGUCUUACAGAACGAGUUUGAGCUGAUAGACCCAAACACUGAUACCGAAAUCCCGCCCGUAGCAAGCGUCUCAGCCACCAGUGUGACCACAAAUGGACUCGGGACUAAUCGUUUCAGUCGUUUUUCAACCUGGCCUAGACUGAUGCUUGCAGUGGCAUACCUCAUACGUGCUGCUGGCAACUUUCGGCGCCCUUCUUGUGCCGAGGAAGCUGACCUGUCACGUGGCUGCCUUCGAACAGGACAGCUAUCUGUCGAGCAUUUGUCUCUUGCAAAGAAUCUCGUCAUUCGCUCCGUCCAACUAGAAGCAUAUGCAAAUGAGCUCGAGUGUUUGUCACAAGGGAGAGGAGUCCAGAAAUCAAGUCCACUUUGGAAACUGAAUCCUUGUAUUGAUGACAAGGGCUUGCUGAGAGUCGGUGGUCGCCUCAACAGCGCACAGCUGAGUCAAGAGGAGCGGAGACCUCAAAUAAUACCUGGUAAACACCACGUCGCCUUGCUGCUCGUAGGGUACUAUCAAAGGCAGAUCAAGCACCAAGGUUGCCUCAUUACUGAGGGAGCAAUCAGAUCCGCAGGUUUCUGGAUCAUCGGAGCAAAACGCUGCAUAGCGUCGUACAUACACGGGUGUGUCAUGUGCUGCAGACUGCGAGGAAGACAGCUGGACCAGAAGAUGGCAGACCUGCCAGUUGAUCGACUCAAUACAGAACCUGCAUUCACAUAUGUGGGGGUUGACGUGUUUGGACUAUGGAACGUGACUGCACGUCGAACUAGAGGUGGAGAAGCCAGCAGCAAACGCUGGGCAGUGCUGUUUACGUGCAAGACCAUUCGGGCGGUCCACAUUGAAGUCAUAGAGUCCAUGGAUGCUUCAAGUUUUAUUAACGCUCUCAGGAGAUUUUUCGCACCCGGAGGACCUGCGACACAGCUGCGAUACGACUGUGGAACCAAUUUCGUCGGAGCAUGUUCUGAGAUCAACCUGAGGACUAGUGGUCUCGACAACGACAAAGUGCAAGCAUUCCUUUCAAGCCAAAAUUGCAGUUGGGUGUUCAACCCUCCUCAUUCUUCCCACUUUGGAGGAGCUCGGGAGCGGAUGAUCGGAAUCGCACGUCGUAUUUUGGAUUCCAUGUUGUUAGAACACAGACCGAGCCGUCUCAGCCAUGAAGUUCUGGUGACAUUUUUGACAGAAGUUUCAGCAAUCAUAAAUGCUAGACCUCUUGUUCCGGUUUCGAUGGAUCCGGAAUGCCGGGACAUCUUGUCUCCGUCUACACUCCUUACCCAGAAGGUUGGUGGAGACACGUUACCACCCGGCGAGUUCAACGUCAAGGAUCUCUACAGAAGUCAGUGGCGUCAAGUGCAGUGGUUGGCAGACUCCUUUUAG